GGAGCAGGGAGUCUGAAAAAAACUACUUAUAAACUAUCGAUAAAAUAAUAAUUAUUGAGAGAAAAUACCAUGGCCUGAAUUGGUCGUUAUAUUUCGGUGUGUGGAUAUUACAUACGGCGCGUUAACUGCAGAAAUUCCUCAGUGACUAAAACAGUGAAGAAAGUUCAUUCAGACAACUUUGAAUGGGAAAUCAUGAUUGAUGACUUUUUCGACGACUUUUUCGAUGACAAAGGCACAAACGCAUCAGUCAAGUCAGUUCCCGAAAAUGAGAUACUUAAGAAAACGAACGCGAAGGAGCUUUCGGACAUCGUAAAUCAGACGAGGAAACUAGCACUUCAAGUUGAAAACAAGAAUAGUUCUUCUGACAAGGAAACUACUUAUUCCGAGUCAUUCGAGGAAGUGGAUAAAGACAGCGAGUCCAGAGAAAAGACGACCGACUCAAAAUCCGCAUCGAGUAAGACCGAAACCAGUUCGGAAAACGAGAGAACGAGAACGCCGGAUUCCACAGCGUCACAUUCCAAGUCUCAAAUUUCAGCGCAAACAUCUUCGCAAAGAGAUAGCUCAGUCUCCCCCGAAGAACUCGAUUCACAGAAAACGGGAACCUACAGCAUCGAAGAGGGGGAACUCAAGGAUAUAGCUCGUGAAAAGAGCGAAGGAAGUGACCGAUCUCUCAGCGACGAUGAGACCCUUCCGAGUUCUCGGUCUCAGGACAUUUCGGUCUCGACGGUGACCGAGAGACCUCCUCGGGGCCUCUCGUGGGAGGUCUGGUUCCUCCAGAAAUACCAACAAAAGGCGGAGGAGAGCCAGGAGGAAAUUGCCAAGAGGAAAGAGGAGGAAGAGAUAGCAGAACGAGAGAGAGAGAAGGCGAGGCGGUUGAAACUCAGAAGCCAGAACGAAGUGACGAAGUGGCUGCAGAAGAAGAGAAAGGAAGAAAUCCAAAGGAGAAGGGAAAGGAAAAGAGCAGAAGAGUUGAAGCUAGAAGAGGAGGAGAAAAAGACGAGAGAGAAACAGAAAUUAAAGCGUAGGGCAAGGGCAGCGUACAGGGAAUGGAGAGAAAUGAAAGACCAAGAGGAAGAAGAGUCAAAGAGAAGACAGCAAGAAGAAGAAGAGGAAUGGGCGAAGGCGCAGCAGAGGCGUCUCGCGACCUCGUCCCAAGCCUACGUGUCGUGGCUGAACUCCCACCCACGAUUCUCACGGCGGUACGACUCGCGGGCGUACUCUGGGGGGAGGGUCGUGACCUACUAUGACCGGGGUCGUCCGUCAUCACCCACUAUGGUCAAUCCGGUGCCGUGGAGGAGACUUUGAGAUGGUUAUAUGUUUUUUUUUUUCUCUGAUUUUUCAUAUGGUUUGGUUUAUAAGUUUUUUUUUCUCUG